AUGAUCAACGAAGACACCACAGAGAUUCAUCCUUUAUCCGAUUCUGCCUUAAUCCCAACUCUGGCUCUCUUUUACGAACGCUUAGGUGGAGUGAUGCCGGUCUUCUCACGAACAUGGUUGUUUUCACGCUUGGACAAGGAUGAUCAUCAGACAGAUCCGCACUUCGCUGCUAUGCUGAUCGCAAUGUCUGCAUUGGUAGUCAUUCAAGCACAGCCGCAUGCAGAUGCAAAAGACAAAAGAGCAGACCGUCUAUCAGCGCGAAAGAGAAGGUCAAAAGCUACGAGACUACUGGAGGAGACGCUCAAGUUACGAGAAGGUCCUACUUUAGGUCAACAUUCAAGCUUGGAGAUGUGCUGUACGAGCUUCUUCGUCUUUGCAACGCUAUUCGGUUUGGGAGAACAUUCUGCUGCUUGGUAUCGCUUGCGUGAAUCGAUCACGCUUGCACACCUUUGUCGACUUCAUGAACCUGCCGCGUACGAAGGUUUACCUAGGGAUGAAGCGGAGAGAAGGCUGCGAAUGUAUUGGUUGCUGGCCAUUACAGAGAGAGCAUUUGCGAUUCAACGCGGAAUGCCGCUAAUGUUGACGGGAAAUCCUCGGGCAUCCACUGCUUCUUUGCGUGCCAAGCUCGGCUUUAAAGAGCUGAGUGAUUUCCCUGAUUUGCAAUUACGACUAUUCGAUCAUGUGGAUGAGAAAUUUGUCGAUUGUUGGAAUCGAAAAUGUCAAGGCCCUGGCUGUCCAAACUUUGAUGCAGAACGAGCGAUUGCACUGUGGCGAUCGUUUACAGACGGAAAUGAACAUGGAACAAAUACCUAUCGUUCUUCUACCAUCCCUGCAACGCCCGUUCAAAGAAGACAAGUACAAAGAGCAGAUGUGGAAGUAACUCGACAUUGGCUUUUGAACAGAUUAUGGCUCAUAACUCUUAAUCAUGGCCUUCUCAGUAUUGAUGCUCGUGAUCCUCCAUUGCGUGUCGAUCACGCAUUGCAUGUUGCGCAAUCUGUUUAUGAUGUUUGCGAUGGUCUCUCACUGGCAGCGAUGGAAGCACACGGGGUUGGUUUUACGUACAAAUUGUUCGAUAUCGCUCAAACACUGGUA